AUUAAUCUAAAACCUCCAAAACCGGUUCAAAACCAUAUAACUCGUUCACCAAACCGAGGAACCGAUUCGGUUCGCUACGUGUUUUGUUUGAAAAUUGAAAGCAUUUCGAUUCGGUUCAGCCCUAGUUGAUGGCGCAUCUUAACCUCUUCUUUGCCCUUCUGGUUCAACAAGAUUGGGUGUAAGCUGAUAAGUUUUAUGAAACUGGUGCAUUAAACGUACCCUGAUUGAUUUUGAAUAUGGAUCCAGAAGCUGCACGAACUGUACUAGAAUCUCUAGAACUGGCAUCCAAUAUAUCAAAUAUACUUGACACGGGUUUGGACCGGCACACACUUUCUGUUCUCAUUGCCCUUUGUGACCUUGGUGUCAAUCCUGAGGCACUUGCUGUUGUUGUUAAGGAACUGAAAAGAGAGAAAAUCUCAUCAUCAUACUCACUGCCUGCAGCCCCAUCCUCUUUGGCAUGAAUUGUUCUAUCUAUUCUGGCUCAAGAUUCUGUAUGUCAUCCCUUUUUUCUGUUUAUGCUUUGCUUGUUUGUUUGUAUUGUUUUAUAUGAUAUCUAGUGACAUUGCCUUAGCACAAAAAUGAUGUUUAUUGGAACACUGAUUAGGUAUGCAGUUAGAAAUAUCCGCACAUAUUUAAGGUACCAA